AUGCAUUUAUUAUUGCUAAUCAAAUUAUUCGUUAUCACUCAUAGUUUAUGGAAGAUAGCAAAAGCUGAACAAACGAUAAAAUGUUUUAAUCCGGAAGAAAACAAUUAUUAUACUCCUAAAUCAAAUUUUUGCAUAUAUGGAAUUAAUUACAAACUGAGCAAUGAUGGAUUUACUUUUGAUGAAAAGUUAUACUUUAAUUAUAAUCAAUCAAUCAUUGAUAGCGAUAUAACAAUGAAUGAAUUUGAACGAGCAGCAAAGCCAUUAUGUGAUAAAAUUGAAAGUAAUACAACAAAUAUAACAUAUUACUAUGGUGCAUGGGUUAAAACAAAAAAUAAUAUAUACAAAGAUAUGUUUAUGGGAUGUUGUAAAUUAUGUCAAAUGCUCAAUGCUAUUAAUUGGAUUAUUAAAUUAAAAAUUCAAAUUGUAAUUUUAUCAAAAUUUGCACUUCAACGAAAUGAUAUAUUAUUAUUUCGAAAAAAAUUAAAUUCAUUUAUUGAUACGCAAUAUUUAGCGACAAAACAAAAUUUUGGUAUAAUUCCGGCAUGUGAAUCAUCAACGUAUCAUCUCAUUCCUGUAUUACUUGGAAAUCGUGUUGGUUUUGUGGGUGCAUUUGAUAGAUUAAAUUGGGAAGGUUUAUUGCUACGUGCUCUUGCGCCACCACGUCAAAAAGACGUCACGUAUAUGGGCCAGUAUACGUCAGCUAUAGCUAACAAAUACAGCAAGAAUCAUUGUCUAAAUACAUAUGCAACAACAUCUUACAGUGUAUGCGUUGUAUACGUGUUAUUGACGAAACAUUACGGUUAUGAAUGUUGUUGCUACGGUGAUAAAAUUCCACGUUGUCAAGAACGAAUAAGAAAUGCAAUAGAAACUGGUCCAACUAUUGAUGAAUUGUACAGGAAUAAAAUGACGUGCGUCAUUGAUGGCAGUAGUAUAAGUCAUAGUUCAAAGGUCAAUUAUAGCAGUGAUGGAAUAGAAUUUAAAGGCAAUGUGGACGAUCUAAUGAAUGAAAUGCAAAAAACUUUUUGUGAACUUCAUCUAAAAUUUAAUGGUAAUAAAGAAAUAAAUGUAUAUUUCAACAGUUAUUUUAUAACAAAACAACUGAUCUUAUCAUAUCAGGAAGUAGCAAAAGCUACUGAACAGAUAACUAUUUCGGAUAUCAAUGAUUUAUCACAAAAACAACAAACAACUUUGCCGAAUUUAUCGAUGUUAAAUAAAAUGGAACAAAUUAAUUUUUAUAAGAAAUUAAUUGAACAACGUGUGAAUAUCAUUACAAAUUCAUUUCAAUGUAUUAAUUUAAGUAAUUGGGAUAGUCGAGCAAAUGACAUUUUACGAUUUCAUUGCGCACAACUUUUACCGCUCGAUGCGCAAUGUCCAUUCACUAGUAGCAGGACAUUUGCGCAUUAUCAUAUUAUGUGUUGCUGUAAUGAUCGAUCAUUUUGUAACUAUAAUGUUGAUAUUAUAAAACGUACAGCAACAAAAUCAAUUCCUAAUUUAUGCAAAUUUAAUAAUGAAUAUCAAUACUUUCUACAUGAUUAUUUUUAUCCCACUGAACCGGAUGCUAACCAUUCAUGCUUAUUACAUUUCAUUUCCGGAAAUGCUCUCUACGAUAUGAAUUAUAAUUUUAAAAGAAAAAAUUCUGUUAUUUUCUUUUUGCCCGGUUCUGCAAUUCAACCAAUUGAUUUUUCAUAUGCAUUAUUAGAACCAAAUGAAUGUGAUUACCUUGAUGUUGAUUUGAAAUAUGAUUAUCUUCAAACUCGUUAUUGUUAUAAAUCAACAAAAUUAUUGAAAUAUUUGGAGACAACAUAUAUGCCACUGAGAUUAUUUGCAUGUCGAUGUCAAACAGCGCCCGGUGAAAUACCUUGUGAUAGUAUUUUAAUGGAAAAUAUUGCUGAAAAAGCUCAAAAUUCCAAUAGAAAAUAUUAUUGUGCAAAAUAUAAAGGUAAACAAUCAUUGCUAUUCAAUCAUAGAAUAAAAAUUAAAGUAAACGAUUUGUCACCGUAUUGUGCGACAAUAUUGGAUUUUAAAGCAAUUGGCAAUAAUUUAUAUUACGAAUUUAGUGGAAAUGCUGUUCGUCGAACGUUUAUUAAUCAAGCAAAAUUUAAAUUAGCAAUGAUUCCAUUUACAAUGUAUGCAUUAUCAGGUGUGAGUACACAAUUAUGUAUGAAUUUGAUCGAAAAUGAAAUGAUAAUGUGUAUUUGUCGUAAUGAAUAUAACAAUCGUAAGCCAUGCAAUUUGAAUUCUUAUGAAAAAGGCAAAGCUUUACAAUUUGCCAUUCAUCAAAUUAAUUUAUCAAAAACUAGAAGAAUGUUUCCAAAUGAAUUACUAAUGUAUUCAACGUCAAACGAACACGCAUAUUGUCAUAGUGAAAGCAUUUUUAGUACUAUCAUUGUUAAUUGUGAAAAAAAGGAAGCUAAAAUAACAAGCGCAUGCGUAAAAAAAAUACCAAAAUUUGAUGAGGAAGAAAAUGAUGAUCUAGUUUGCGCUGAAAAAUUAUUCUAUGAAGAAUGCGGCAUUGUAUCAGAGUUAAGCGCAACAGGUGAUAGUGAUAAGGAAAGGAUUGUUUGUUGUUGUAUUGAUAAUUGUGAUUCGAUUGGUUUAGCAUUGCAUGAAUUUAAAACUGAAAUGCAUUUUUUAAUGGAAAAUAUUUGA